CAAUGGAUCGUCGCUUGGCAUACACAGCCCACGAAUUCGUAUCUGAAUGGUUGUGACAAAUGCAUUCGAAAGGGAGAAGAAGAUAGAGAGAGAGAGAGAGAGAGAGAGCGAUAGAAAAAUCCAUUGAAAGUCGACUGUAGCUUUUGUGUCACAAGCCAAACCGAAUUCAGAAUUCCAUCGCCGUGCAUUUUCGACUUGUACAGAUGUCACAAUGAGCUGUCACUAGUUGAAGUGUACAAGUAAGAUAUGAGUUGUGUGUGUGAUGUAUUUUCUUAAUUAAAUUUAUGCGAUAAAAAGCGUGAAAAAAGAGCGAGCAAAGAAAACAAUCACUUUUUGUAAUCGGAGUAAACGGAAGUGAACGAAACCAAACAAGUGAAUUCAGUGCGAAGUGUAUCAUUGCAUCAGAAACAGUAAAAAUCUGCGUAGAAAAAAAAACGAUGUCGAAUAAUUUUGAUGACAAUCCAUUUGGCGAGCCAGCGGUCGAUAAUCCGUUUGCCGAUCCAGCUGUUCAACAAGCGGCCCGCAUCGCGCCCCAAUCGAACAUUUUAGACGAAUACAAUCCAUUCGAAGAUGACAAUAAUCGUCAUACAACAAUCCCAAUCGGACAACAACAGCAGCAAUCGCGAACCGAACCGUUCCCAGCCUACAAUCAAAAUAGUCAAAAUAAUUCGGCAUAUGGCAAAACAGCACCACAAAUUUCAACAGAAGAACUUCAGAGAAGACAAGAGGAAUUGGAACGAAAAGCACAAGACCUUGAACGGCGAGAGGAACAAUUGCGAAAUAGUACAGCUGGCAUUCGGCGUAACAAUUGGCCUCCAUUGCCCGAACAGUGUUGCUUUCAGCCAUGCUUCUAUCAAGAUAUAAAUGUUGAAAUUCCACCCGAAUUUCAACGCAUCGUUCGGCAUUUGUACUAUUUAUGGGGUUUUUAUGCUCUAGUCCUGACGGUGAAUGCACUGAUUGGGCUUAUUUUGCUGUUAUUCCGUGGCGGUGACAACAGUUUUGGACAUUUCGCUUUGGGCCUUAUCUACGGCGCAUUAUUUACACCUGCUUCAUUCAUGUGUUGGUACCGUCCAGCCUACAAAGCCUUCCGAAGCGAUUCGAGUUUCAAUUUCAUGGUGUUUUUCCUGAUUUUCUUUUUCCAAUUCCUCGUAAUGAUUUUACAAACGGUCGGCAUUCACGGCAUGGGGUAUUGUGGUUUCAUCACGGCCAUUGCACAGUUCGAUGGCAGUCUUAGUGGCAUUUUCAUCGGUAUACUAGCACUAGUUGUUGCCUUUUCGUUUGCUAUUUGUGCAGCUGGCAGCUUUCUCCUCUUAACAAAGGUUCACGCGAUCUAUCGGUCAUCGGACAAAGUGAGCAUGGACAAAGCACAGGCCGAGUUUGCAAGUGAGUUUAUGCGUAAUCAAGGUGUUCGACAGGCGGCAACAUCGGCCGCACAAGCCGCGAUUUCAUCUCAAUUCAACAAUCAGGCACAAAACGCCAAUCGAUACUAGAAUUUAUCGACGGACGAUUAAAUCGAUCCAACACAAUUACUAACACUGAAGCUAAUCGAAGACCGAAAAUAGAUGAAGAAGAGGAAGAAAACAAACAAAAAAUAACAACAACUCAAAGCGGACGAAAUGAAAAUGUUUCGCUGCCACAAAAAUCAACUAAUUAUGUGGGAGAUUUACUGUAUUUAUGUGCUGAAACAUAAAAAGAUGAUAGCUAGCAUUAAGUGAACAGAAAGAAAGAAUGAAACAGAAAAGUAAAAAAGUAAGAAAAGAAAUUGUGUAAACAAACAAAUAAAUGGAAAAUCAAGUAUAUUUUUGUUUAGUUAAACAUCGUCAAAACAAGAUUACAUUCGCUGCGAAAUCGAAUAAUCGUGCUUUAACGCUAACAUAUGUUAUGUCCAAGUGGGAAUUAAAUACAAGUGAACUAUAUAUAUAUUAUAUGAAAUGUUUCAACCGCAACAACAACAAAAAGAAAA